AAAAACAAACAAUUGCUUCAUGCGUACCCAGCACUGCUCUGUUAAUAAUAUUAACCAAGCCAUUAUUCUGCCCAGAAGACCACCAGACAUUAUUGUAUUUAGGGGAGAACAAUUAGAUGUAAAGGUACUGAACGAACUGUUACAUUCAUGCUCAUUCACCCUGACUUCACCUUGUGACUGGUAGGCCUACCAUGUAGGUGUAUUUUAGUAAAGUAUAGUACCGGUACUGUACAUGUAUAUAUGGAAAAGGUACAGUUUAAUGCUGUACCAUAGAGUGAUAUUUCACUGAAUUCGCAGAAUUCCAGGAAGGAAGUACAAAGUGAAGAAUCUGAAGCAAGAUCAACCUACUGCCAAGUCACAAGCCCAUCAAGACCAUAAAAGACAACCAAAACAGACGUCUUCAACAGUAAGAAACUGAAAGUGAGUAACUUCUUUCCAAAUACCGUUGACACUUUCCAUGAUCAUGAAGGCGUUUCCAUGGAGAAAAGAACCUUAUUACACAAGAACCAAUAGUGGCUUUCUCCGUUGCUUAGUUGGGCUGUUCCUUGUCUCGGACUUGCAGGUCAGCACAGCAUGCCCAGACCUCUGCCAAUGUGACCAGCAAACAGUCACCUGUCCCGACGCUGCACUUAUUCCUGUCGACAUUCCCGAAGAGACUACUAUCCUGAAAUUCCCCAACCAUCGCUUCACCAACCUACCAGGUUAUACAUUCCUCCCUCACAAUCUCAACAGUUUACAAGAGCUUCAUCUGAGAGAGGGCAACUUGGAGAUCAUUGACGACAACGCCUUCCACGGCCUUCCACAACUCAAGUCACUUCAUCUAGACUACAAUAAUAUUGAGACUAUAGCGCCUAACGCAUUUGAUGGUCUCGGCAGAGUGACACACUUGUAUUUGUACUACAAUAAGCUCCAGCAGCUACACCCGAGGCAGUUUGUUGGUCUGACGCUGCUUUACUGGCUGUCGUUGAGUUUCAACGCUCUGACGGAUAUUCCAGCAAACGCAUUUCAGGGUUUGGAGAAUCUGCACAUUCUUUACCUUCGUUACAACCAUCUAUCGGUGCUGGGUGAUUAUCGGUCGUUCAGCGGCUUACACCAUCUCCAGAUGCUUAGCUUAGAGAACAACCACGCCUUAAGAACUAUCGGGGAUGAAACCUUCAGUCAACUGUACGCACUGACGGAUCUAGAGCUCGGUGGUAAUUUGCUGGCCGCUACCAGCUUCACCGAAGCUACAUUCUCAGGACUGCAUAAACUGACAACCUUGAACUUUCAUGAUAACCCACUUGGAGUUGUUCCAUCCCUUGCCUUCAAGCCCAUCCCACAAUUGGAUAAAAUCUAUCUCACAAGCUGCCAGCUUCGCUCUGUCCAACCAGGGGACUUCCAAUAUGUUCCAGAGUUAAAGGAGCUCUAUUUGGACGACAACGUCGCCCUGAUAGAAAUUCCUACGCACACAUUAACAGAACUCCCACUGUUAGAAAUGCUUCACUACUCACAAACAUCAAUCACUGAAAUACCCGCAUUCUCUUUCCAGAAUGCAACAAAUCUUAGGAAACUAGUCAUCGCCGACUCAAAACUGAGUAGCAUCAAGGAGAAUGGAUUUGAUGGACUUGAAAAUAUCCAUCAGUUGGACCUUUCAAAUAAUAAACUGACGACGCUAUUUCACAACAUCCUUGAUUCAAUACAGCUUAGUGGCAAUCUUGAAAUUGAUCUAAGCGACAAUCCAUGGGCAUGUGAUUGUCACCUUCGAGAUUUCGUCCAAAGGGUUGAAAAACGUUACACACCAAAGCAAGUAACGCAAGUUUUCAACUCCAGUCAGCCUCCGCCUAAGUGUCAAAGCCCACCCCAACUUGCCGGGCAGGGCAUCUUCAGUGUCCCCACCCACAGUCUGAGCUGUGAUGCCCCAACCCCCAAGGACGCAACCCAUGAAGCAAACCAUCGGAAGGUGACUAUUGGGAGCUGUGUUGGUCUUGCUACCGUUGUCUUACUUUGUACAGUCUGCGGAAUAUUCUUCUAUCGCAAGAGACAAAGAAAAGCGCGCGAGAUGCUUCGUAGCAUCAACGAUAGUCUGUUCCCUUUAGAUGAUGACAUUUCAAUAUAAACAAACAUAGAAACUUCAGUACUGUUUCAAAUCAUUCAUUUGUUGAAACACUUGUUGGAAGGUUUCAGGUAAAAUUACAAGCAUUUCAAUUGCUUUUUUGGAAAACGUCAAUCGUGCAAAGUGGUACAAUUUAAUGUGUUUCCUACACACUGGGAUGUCUUUACGCAAGUGGGUGUCAUAAUUCAAUUUUCAAACACAGCUUUGUAUAACUACUGUUAAAAUAAGAAAAGUUUGACACCAGGUGUGAUGAAGCACUAUAAGAAUUUAGGAUAGACAAUUACAGAUUAUUACAAACAGUGUGAUUAGAAAAUUAUCCAUUUAUUUAAACUUCACUGAGGAUAUUGCUAGCAUAAAAACACAACAACUGCUUAUGUUGCCCUGUUCACACUACAGCAAUUAAGCAGGGGUCCCUUGCUUUGUUUUAGCAUAGUUGUGAAGUUAGGCAAAUUGCUCUUCAGGGGAAAGGACAAGGUUGGACUUUUCACUAUUUUGUUUUGACCCAGACGGCCGAUCGAUCUCAAACGUCUAUGGGUUUUUCAGUUUAUGUAUACAUGUAAGUUGGAUAUCAUAAAAUGCUUACACUGCCAGUAACUGUUUUGUUAGCAAACACCAGUUCCGUAACUGUUCCUUAAAAGGCAAAGUAUUCUUUGGGGUUUUUUAACCGUUCUAUUUUUGAAAUCCUGUAUCAAUGUAUACAGUGUGCAAACAUAUUAACCUGGCAAAAUUUCAUUAAAAAAGGUUCGUAGCUUUUUUUAAAAAGAUAUUGCCGAAAAUACAGAGCGGUUUUUAUCCAA